AUGGAGCACAAUCCCACCCACAGCAAGGCCGAUAUCGACGUCGAUGUCGAGGCCGAGGGUGAUUGGACGAGGGAAGAUAGUGAUCCUACCGAGCGUACCGCGCGCAUCAAGUUUGAAGACUCUUCGGCCACCGAUAUCGAGGGAAAUGCCAUCGACAACAUGCGGUCCAUCUAUCAGCCCGCCGGUUUCAAUCGCGUCCAGUCGACCGGCCGGGAUACCAUCCGCAGCACUCGCAGCACCCAAACUGUGGCCGCGGGCAAUGCAGGUAUCCCGAUCGAGUUCCGCACUCUGUCGAUCCAGAUCUCAGAGACGCAGAAUGCUCCCAAAGAGGUGGUGGCCGAACCCCCUAAGGAGAAGCUGCCAAAUCAGGACUACUUCGAGAGCCUGGACUUCCACACCCUGACCCCGGACAGGCUGUGCCAGGAGUUCAAUGUCGACCCAAGCACGGGUCUCAGCAGCUCGUCGGCCGCGACGCGGCUGGCCCGCGAUGGCAAGAAUAUGAUUGCCCACCACCGUGAGAACUACUUGAAAAAGAUCUUCUUCUACGUCUUUGGUGGCUUCUGCUCCAUUCUCUGGGUCGGCGUGGUCAUCUUUUUUAUCUGCUGGAAGCCUCUCAGCAACCCUCCCUCCUCAACCAACCUGGCAAUGGCUGUUCUGGUCAUGAUUGUCAUCGCCCUGCAAGCCGGUUUCUCUGCUUUCCAAGAUUGGUCGACCAAACGUGUGAUGAACUCCAUCUUGAAUCUCCUUCCAUCCGAAGCGCUGGUCAUGCGUGACGAGAAGCUGAUCCGUCUUCCUGCGACCGACUUGGUGACAGGUGACAUCGUCCAGAUCAACGUGGGCAACAAGGUCCCGGCAGAUAUGCGUCUCCUGAAGACCUCCGGUGACAUUCGUUUUGACCGUGCUAUUCUGACGGGAGAGUCGGACGAGAUUGACGGUGCUACCGAGGCUACAGAGGCCAACUUCCUGGAAACUCGCAACAUCGCACUCAUGGGAACCUGCGUGACCAAUGGCAAUGCAAUGGGGGUGGUCGUCCUAACCGGUGCCCAAUCGGUUAUGGGCCGCAUCGCGAACAUGACUGCCGGUGUCAAGCAGAAGUCGACGUUGAUUCAGAAGGAAAUCUCCCGCUUUGUGAUCAUUAUUGUGAUUAUGACCAUCACUCUCGCCUUGCUCAUCUUCUUUACUUGGUUGGGAUGGCUCCACAAGGACCACCGGAGCUACAUGAGCGUGGUGGCAAUGCUGAACAAUGUCAUGGGCUGCGUGGUGGCUUUCAUUCCGGAGGGUGUCCCCGUUGGUGUUGCCCUGACUUUGAUGAUGGUUGCCCGCCGCAUGAAGCAGACUAGCAUUCUGCCCAAGGGCCUGGCCACGGUAGAGACCCUCGGCUGUGUGAAUGUGAUCUGCUCCGACAAGACGGGUACCUUGACCCAGAACCGCAUGUUCGUCAAGUCGCUCGGUAUGGUGGAUUGGGAAUUUAGCAUCGAUGACCUGGCGACCGGAGUCGAGGUUUCCAAUGGGCUGGCGAAUGUGCUCCGUGCAUCGGUCCUGUGCAAUGAUGCAACAUUUGACCCGGAAACGAUGGGCCUGCCCUCGUACGAGCGCAGUGUCAAUGGAAACGCCACUGAUGCCGCAGUCCUCCGGCUGGUGGACAAUGUUGGCGCCGCCACGGCCCGGAACCUGGAGCCCUAUGAGCGCAUCCACCAGAUCCCCUUCAACUCGAAGAACAAGUGGAUGUUGACCAUGCACCGUGACCCGGUUGCCACGAACCAGGGCUUUCUGAUUUACGUCAAAGGUGCUCCUGACGUGCUCUUGGAUCGUUGCUCGACCUACUGGUCUGCGGUUCAUAAUGCUGUACGCCCCCUAGAUUCAGAUGCUCGCGAGAAAUUCUCUGGUUUCCAGGCCAAGUUGUCUCGCCGUGCGGAGCGGGUGAUCGUGAUUUGCCAGCGUCGCUAUACCCCCACUCACGAGCCUGGAUCCAAUGGCUUCAACGACGAGAUCAUGGCGUACGGUGUGCAGGACCUGACCGUGCUUGGCAUCUUUGGCAUCAUCGAUCCCCCGCGCCCGGAAACCGCUGCUACGGUGGCUUCUUGCCGACGUGCAGGCAUUCGGUUUUUCAUGGUCACUGGUGACUUUGGCCUCACUGCGGCGGCCAUUGCGCGGGACAUUGGGAUUUUCGAUGGUACCGCGGAGCCGGACACUAUUGACGAUUUGCGGGCCUUCCAGGAUGAGAGCAAAGCCCCGCUCUCGCGCCACAGUCUGAUCCUCGAGGGUGGCAGUCUUUCCUCCCUGACCCAGGACGAGUGGUCUACGGUAUGCGGAUAUGACGAGAUUGUCUUCGCUCGUACCAGCCCCGAGCAAAAGCUGCGGAUCGUGUCGGAACUCCAGGCCAAGGGCAACUAUGUUGCCGUGACUGGUGACGGAGUGAAUGAUGCCCCUGCUCUGCGGGCCGCCGACGUUGGGGUCGCGAUCGGUUCCGGCAGCGAUGUUGCCAUUGAAGCGGCCGACCUGGUUUUACUCGACCGUUUCGACUCCAUCGUCGAGGCUAUUCGCCUUGGUCGCUUGGUAUUCCAGAACCUCCAGAAGGUCAUCGCUUAUCUGCUGCCGGCCGGUAGUUGGUCUGAAAUUUGGCCCGUUCUGAUGAACGUCUUCUUCGGCGUGCCGUCCCCGCUGAGCUCGUUCCUGAUGAUCGUCAUUUGUGUCUUCACCGAUCUCUUCCUCUCAUUGUCUCUCAUUAUGGAGAAGGAGGAGUUCGACCUCCUCAGCAUCCCCCCCGCCGCCCGAAAAAGGACCACCUGA